UCUCUCUCGCACUCGCGCUCGCUCGCGCGCUCAGUCUCGGCUCUCGCUCGCUCUGAUCGUUGUGGCGCGUUGUCUCGUGCUGCUGCGCUGGGGGAUGCAGGUGGAGCAUCGGCUGGAGAAGCAGGGGAAGUAGUGGAGGCUGAGCGCCGCAUUACGCAGCACUGGAGAGAUAUAGCGGACAAGAGCCGCGUGAUACCGGAAAGCUUGGGUGGAUUUGACUGCGCGGGACUGGCAACCCAUAAAAUAGCCUAAAAGGACAAGCGAGAAAGCAAUCAAGCAAGACAGGCAGGCAGACGCCUGGGCAACAGAGGAUUUGGGGAAUGGCAGCCGUCCCUGCUUGGCUGUGUUUGUGAUCGUGGAACUCUGACAAGUGAUCUCCGGAAGGAAACUGUAGAGGAGUGGGUGGAAAUCAUGCGUUUGCUCCAUUACCUGCAGCCCACAAUCCAACACAGAAUAAAAAAAUAACAAGUGAAGCCUCGCUCACCUGCUGAUUAUUGAACAUGUGGAAUCUGACAGAUUUCUGAGGGAGCUUUUUUGGAUUUCAAAGAACUCGAGCUUUACUGAGAGAACUCCCCCAUGUAUUCCUCCACGGAGAACACUCAGAGGAGAAUCAGGAUAGAGAAUCGAGUGGAAAGAAAGUGUUAGGUGUUAAAUAUUAGGGCUUUUUUAAGAAUCGGGGGUUUUCCAAUUUUGCUGGCGCUAUUUUCGAAAAGGCCAGAACGCGUUAAUACGCCACGCUGGGAAUAAAUCUCUCCUCUGCAGUGGAUUAAGAGAAACGGAACAUUAGAGAAAGUGGGAUUUAGUCACACGCUCGGAAGAUGACGACGAGAAAGUGGAGGUGUAGUGGCGGGCCGGGCUUGGCGAAGCUGCUGUUGGGGUUGCUGGCGGCCUUCUCGCUCGCGGCCUACUCCUCGCUGGUGGCGGCGCUGGAGUUCGACGGCCUGCCGGGCCAGUGGGCUCGUUAUGGGCGCUGGGAGGAGGCGGGAGGCACAGGGGAGCUGAGCUUCACCAUGAAGACCAACAUCAGCCGGGCUGUGGUGCUGUAUCUGGACGACGGUGGCGACUGCGAUUUCCUGGAGGUGCUGAUCAGCGAGGGGCGCCCGCUGCUGCGCUUCGCUAUUCACUGCGGCGAGCCCGCGUCCCUGCACCUGGAGACGCCGGUGAGCGACGAGCGCUGGCACCGCGUGCUGCUCACCCGCAAUUACCGCCAGACCACGCUGGCCGUGGACGCAGAGUCCAAGGUAGCCGAGGUGAAGUCCAAGCGUAGGGAAAUGGUGGUGGCCAGCGACCUCUUUGUGGGCGGAAUUCCUCCGGAUGUCCGCCUGUCCGCUUUGACGUCCAGCACCGUCAAAUACGAGCCACCUUUCCGAGGCCUCAUUGUCAACCUGAAGCUGGGGGAGGCUCCUCCUGUUCUUCUGGACGGCCAGGGAGUCAAGAACGAUCUGGAGUAUUUGUGCGCCAAGCAGAACCCCUGCAGCAAUGGAGGAUUCUGUUCCAUUCAACAGGGCGAGGUUCUGUGCGACUGCGCCAACACUGGCUACAAGGGGAAGUACUGCACUGAAGCUGUCCAGCAAGUAUCUGAAGGUCUGGCGCACCUGAAGUUAAAGAGCCAAGCCCCAGGACCUGCUCCACUGAUGGCCACUGCAGCUGCAGGUCGAGGCGAGUCUGUGGCGACGUUCAAGGGCAACGAGUUCUUCAGCUACGAUCUUUCCCAGACACCCAUUCAGAGCAGCACGGACGAGAUCACGCUCUCCUUCCGCACGCUGCAGCGCAACGGCCUGCUGCUGCACACCGGCAAGUCGGCCGAUUACGUCAACCUGUCUUUGAAGAGCGGAGCCGUGUGCCUCGUCAUCAACCUGGGCUCGGGCGCCUUCGAGGCCCUGGUGGAGCCCUCCGACGGCAAGUUCAACGACAACGCCUGGCAUGCCGUGCGCGUCUCCCGCAACCUGCGGCAGCACGCAGGGGUUGGACUCCCUACGGUCACCAUUUCCGUGGACGGCUUGCUCACCACCACUGGCUACACCCAGGAAGACUACACCAUGCUGGGCUCGGAUGACUUCUUCUACGUGGGUGGCAGUCCAAACACUGCCGACCUGCCCGGCUCCCCGGUCAGCAACAACUUUAUGGGAUGCCUCAAAGACGUGGUGUACACCAACAACGAGUUCAAACUGGAGCUCUCCCAUCUGGCCGAGUUGCGUGACCCCAAGGUCAGCCUGCAGGGAGACCUGACCUUCCGCUGCGAGGACGUGGCGGCUCUGGACCCCGUCAGCUUCGACACUCCAGCUGCCUACGUCACUCUUCCCCGCUGGAACGGCAAAAAGACCGGAUCCGUCUCCUUCGACUUCCGCACCACAGAGCCCAACGGCCUGCUGAUUUUCAGCCACGGACGAGUGCAGGGACCCAGAGAGCGCCGGCCCAGGGUGGACUUCUUCGCCAUGGAGCUGCUGGAGGGUUUCCUGUAUCUGCUGAUGGACAUGGGCUCCGGCAGCAUCAAAAUGAAGGCCAGCACCAAGAAGGUGAACGAUGGCGAGUGGUGCCAUGUGGACUUCCAGAGAGAGGGCCGCAAAGGUUCGGUCUCAGUAAACGGUCGCAGCAUGCCCUUUUCCACCAACGAGGGCAGUGAAGUUCUGGACCUGGAUGGGGAUAUGUACCUGGGAGGUCUGCCUGAGGAGAGCGAGGGUCUGCUGCUGCCCCCGGAGGUGUGGACGGCACCGCUGCGGCUGGGCUUCGUGGGCUGUGUGAGGGAUCUGUUCGUGGACGGCCGCAGCAGGGACUUGCGGCGUCUGGCGGAGCUGCAGAGCGCAGUGGGGGUCAGCAGCUUCUGCACGCGGGAAACCCACCGGCGCUGCAGCGCUGAGCCGUGCGCACAUGGAGGCCACUGCCGCGAGGGUUGGAACCGCCACAUCUGCGACUGCUCUGGCACCGGCUUCCUCGGGCCCAACUGCGAAACUGAGUCGACGGUGCUGAGCUAUGACGGCAGCAUGUUCCUGAAGGUGCUCAUGCCCCGUGCCCAGCACACGGAGGCGGAGGACGUCUCGCUGCGCUUCAUGUCCCAGAGGGCCUAUGGCCUGCUCAUGGCCACCACCUCCUCAGAGUCAGCUGACACCCUGCGCCUGGAGCUAGACGGGGGAAGAGUUAAACUUACCGUCAACCUAGAUUGUAUCGGGAUAGACUGUAAUCUUAGUAAAGGACCGGAGACUCUAUAUGCAGGGCAGAAGCUGAAUGACAACGAGUGGCACUCUGUGAAGGUGGUGCGCCGUGGGAAGAGCCUGCAGCUCUCUGUAGACAAUGUGACCGUGGAGGGCCAGAUGAGCGGAGCGCACACGCAGCUGGAGUUCCACCACAUCGAGACGGGCAUCAUGACGGAGCGGCGCUUCAUCUCAGUCAUGCCCUCCAACUUCAUCGGCCACCUGCAGGGCCUCAACUUCAACGGCCUGCCGUACCUGGACCAGUGCAAGAACGGAGACAUCUCCUACUGCGAGCUGAACGCACGCUUCGGCAUGCGCCGCAUCGUGGCUGACCCGGUCAGCUUUCGGAGCAGACCGAGCUACCUCGCUCUAUCCACCCUGCAGGCCUACGCCUCCAUGCACCUCUUCUUCCAGUUCAAGACCACCAGCCCUGACGGCCUGCUGCUCUUUAAUUCUGGAGACGGCAGCGACUUCAUCGUGGUGGAGCUGGUUAAAGGGUACAUCCACUACGUCUUCGACCUGGGCAACGGGCCGUCACUCAUGAAGGGCAACUCUGACAAGCCGCUCAACGACAACCAGUGGCACAACGUGGUGGUCUCCCGAGACGACAGCAACGUGCACACGCUCAAGAUCGACUCACGCACCGUCACGCAGCACUCCAACGGGGCCCGCAACCUGGACCUCAAAGGAGAGCUGUACGUUGGCGGCGUGGGGAAGAGCAUGUACAACAGCCUGCCCAAGCUGAUAGCGUCUCGGGAUGGUUACCAGGGCUGCCUGGCCUCGGUGGACCUGAACGGCAGGCUGCCGGAUCUCAUCGCUGACGCCCUGCACAAGGUGGGCCAGGUGGAGAGAGGAUGCGACGCUGGCCCUGGCACCACCUGCACGGAGGACUCCUGCUCCAACCAGGGCGUGUGUCUGCAGCAGUGGGAGGGCUUCACCUGCGACUGCACCAUGACCACCUACGGCGGCCCUCUCUGCGCUGACCCUGGAACCACAUAUAUCUUUGGGAGAGGAGGAGCCCUCAUCACGUACACGUGGGCCCCUAACGAGCGGCCGAGCACCAGGGCUGACCGGCUGGCCGUGGGCUUCAGCACUCAGUUGAGAGACGCCAUUCUGGUGCAGGUGGAGAGCACGCAAGGCCUGGGGGACUACCUACAGCUACAUAUAGAGCAAGGAAAAAUUGGGGUAAUCUUCAACGUGGGCACUGAUGACAUCACCAUAGACGAGCCGGCGAUCGUGGUGAGCGACGGCAAGUACCACGUGGUGCGCUUCACGCGCAGCGGCGGCAACGCCACCCUGCAGGUGGACAACCAGCCCGUCAUCGAGCGCUACCCGUCAGGGAACUUUGAUAAUGAACGGCUGGCUAUAGCCAGGCAAAGAAUUCCAUACAGACUCGGUCGGGUAGUUGACGAGUGGCUACUCGACAAAGGGCGACAGCUGACCAUCUUCAACAGUCAGGCGGCCAUUAAGAUCGGGGGUCAGGAUAAGGGCCGGCCGUUCCAGGGCCAGAUCUCGGGCCUCUACUACAACGGGCUCCAGGUGUUGAAGCUAGCUGCUGAAGGUGACCCCAAUGUCAAAGUAGAGGGCAACCUGCGUCUGGUGGGGGAUGCGCCCUCUGUUUUGUCCACAGAGACCACCUCCGCCACGCCCCCAGCUGCUGCCGACAUGUCCACCACCAUCAUGGAGACCACCACAACCAUGGCCACCACCACUACACGCAGACAGCGCUCCCCUAGUCUGAAGGACAGCAUCACACAGAACUCUGACGACCUGCUGGUGGCGUCAGCGGAGUGCCCUAGUGAUGACGAGGACCUGGAGGAGUGCGAGCCUGGCACUGGAGGUGAAUUAGUGUUGCCCAUAAUUACAGUGGACACCCAAGACCCCCAGUCUGUGGCCACCCAUUACCCAGCCAUCCCCCCUCCCCCGACCUCCCUGAGCCCCCUCCAGACCACCAAAGAGUCCCUAACCCUGUCUGACCCGCGGCCCCCGUGCCCCCCUGACCAGGAGGACUGCGGUGACCCCAUGGAGGUGUCCGCCUUCGGCUCGGGGGAAAUGACCGAGUCGGAUGACGAGGACUUCUAUAAAAACUCCCCGAUGGUCACUGAUAGGACAGUCCUGCCUCCUCCCCCAGCCGUGGGGGGCAAAAGCGGGGGCCAUAGUCCCGGUGGCCAUCGGCCACUCGCCCCCCCUGCCCCGACCACCCACCCCGACCAGCUCCACAUCCCCGCAGGUAAAAUGAACACCCGCGACCAGGUGCUCCUGCCUCCUGCCCCCUCCUCCCGCCUCACCCCGGGACUAACCUACCCGCCUGAUUUCCCCCAUGUGCCCACAGCUCACCCCACGGGUUCAGUGGACAAGGGCCUCCCGGGAGCGGUGGAGGUCAUCCGCGAGUCCAGCAGCACCACGGGCAUGGUGGUGGGUAUCGUGGCGGCCGCCGCCCUCUGCAUCCUCAUCCUCCUCUACGCCAUGUACAAAUACCGCAACCGCGACGAAGGCUCUUACCAAGUGGACCCGAGCCGCGGCUCCGGCAGCGAAAGCAACGGCGCUGUGGUCAAGGAGAAGACGCCUGGCACCACCGCAGCCGUGGCCAAGACCACCACCAAGGGAAAGAAGAACAAAGACAAGGAGUAUUAUGUCUGAGAGAGAAGUGGGAGAGAGAAAGAGAGAGAGAGAGAGAGAGAAAGAAAGAGUGCGAGAGAGAGAGAAAGAGAGAGAGAGAGAUAGAGAAAUUUCAGAGGAAGCUAGUGGGCUGAAGGAUUUUCCAGCUAAAAUCGCCCUCCUCCUCAUCCUCAUCCUAAAAUGUCUAAGCCACCCUUUCACAGAAUUUUCUAAAAGUUUAUACUUUUUCUGACACAUACAAAGGUAAACAAAAGAAAGAAAGUUAAGGCAAAGUAAUAAAGAAAAGAAAAAGAAGAAGAGAUAGAUUCCUGUGUCCUGGGUGUCUUGCCGAGCUGUUUCACCUUCAUUUAAUCCCCCUUUCCAUCUCAAGGAAAUCUUGCAUUACAUGCUAGAUGAUGAAAUGCUAUUAAUUCUCUUUGCAAUUAGAAUUUCUGUUUCCAGAGCAAAGGCUUCCCUAGAGGUUAAUGAAUGAAUCACCACAGAAAAUAAGGAGUGUUUCUGCCUCGCCGAUAGUGAUAGGUACCCUAUGCCUACCAUUUAUUUGGAGAUAUCUGCUACUACCACGUUGCAACCCUGAAAUUUGAGUGAUAUGAAAUAUGUAAAUGUAAUUGCCCUUGAUCAUUAUACAUGCUAAGCAGUACGUAAGUGUGUGGAAUAUUGGGCAAAAAACAGCGUUCUUGUGUAAUCACUUGAAAAUAGACUUAAUUGAAUUAAAGAAAAAAAUAAUAAUUAUUUGGUUGGUAAGAACCACAGACCAGGAGUAUUUAUUAUAAUUAAUUCAUGUUUUUAUGACCAGGGCAUUAGGAAUGUUUGUGCUGUGUAAUUUGAACUGUAGGCCUGUUUCUGGCCAUGUUUAGCAAAUAUGGAGAGUUCUAGAUGACCGCAUGUUUACUUUGAGAAAUGAUAUAUCAUUAACGAUUCAUCUCAUUAAGUAAUUAUCCUUUUUUUUACAAAUCCAAUAGUAGCCAAUAGGCUUACAUGAACUCAAGAUGAAUUUAUAUAAUGUCUUCGACAGCCGUCGUGGCUGAAUGGUGGUGGUGGUGGUGUGAGGAUAUAAAGGCACCGGAAACCACAGCAGUGUAGGAGUGUAGGAGACAUUUGAAUGUCGUCCAUUCUCUCUCUUUCUCACUCUCCAUGGUGCUACGAUGUUCGUUAUCUAUUAGGCUACUUAUCGGUGUUCCAUGCAUGAUGUAUUCACGUUCAACUUUUGGAUUAGAGAGUUGUUUGAUAUGAAAUCAUUAAGUUGAUUUUCAUCCUACUGGACAACUCUCGCCUCAUUCCUGGAGGGCUUCGGAGCGCCAACUCGUCAUGGAAGAAAAAGAUCUCGACUAAAGAAACCUAAGAAAAGCCGGAGUUAUUUGCAUCAAUAAAAAGACGUUGUAUUUAUGUAAAUAGAAGAUUCUGUGGACGUUGCUGACAGUACAUCAGGAUGCAGGUUUGUUUGUGUGUGUGUGUGUGUGUGCGCGCGCGUGUUUGUGUGUGUGUGAGUGUUUGUCCCUGUUCGUCCUCUGGCUUCAGAAAGACAUACACUAGACUUUUCGGGAACUUUCGGUGCCCCUGUAUUCUCUAUGAUGAUGAUGUGAAACUACAGUCCAACGCCCACUGAAUGAGACUGGGAAAAAAAGCAUAUAAACGGGAUCUGGGUUGGAAGUGGUUUUUGGAGAACUUUGCUGGCAUCUUUGUUGAGAGAAAAGGAACAUGUCCAACUCUGCUUAAAGAUGCUGGCUCUCCUCUUCCCUCUGCCUCGCAGGGGAUUGGGGGGGAAAGAAGCAAAACAGUAAACAAAAACUCCUCUUGAGAAAAGCAUUUCUGUAUAGAGCGAUGUGAACUUGAGUCCACAUUUUUAUAUAUGAUGAAGAAGAUCCAAGAAGAAGAAGAAAAAAAAACAGUGCAAUGUCCAGAUCAGUGAUCACCAACUCUCUCCUUCUGAAGAUCUUCCAUCCUUGCUGAGUUCAGCUCCAUCCUAAAAAACUCUGGGUGGCAGAUCUUCAGGAAGUGAGGUGAUGAAAACAGAUCUAGAUAGUUAAUCAUAUUAUUUUGCUGAAAUAAAAGUCCUUGUUAUUUGAGAAAGGUUUGUUAAGUCCUUACUCUCCAAAUUGAAAGUGGUCUUCUCAACAAUGACUAUUUCACUCACAUGAGGUGAUUUUCAAAUGUGAACUCAUCUGGAUUUGUAUUCAGUUUCUUUAAAUUCCAGCAGGAAUAAGACUUUAGCCAUACGUCCAACUUUUUCUUUUUUUUUGCUCAGUAUGUUUUAUUGAGUUUUUUUAUCCCUCAGUAUGGUUGCCAUUUACAUAGGCCAGUCAGAGUAUAUUCCCGUUCUUACUUAAUGUUAUUGUAAAGUGUUCCUGUGAGAUGAAUUUAAAUAUGUGUACAUUGACAGAGGAAAAAAAUACACUUGGUUAUAUACUUCUUAA